CUAUUGGAAUGUCAGUAUUGUUUUAGUGUUUGGUGCAAUAUGUUGGGGAGAAUAAUUUUGGUGGUUUUGGCUGUGGGUGUGACGUCACUGCCUCAGACGUAUGAGACGAAGAAGUUCAAAGUUGGGAUAGAAUAUGACCAUUCUCUGCCAAUGGUAGGAGGGUCCGACCGAUACCGCCAUCGUAACAAUUACGAUCCGUUCUUCGUCACUGUCACCGCCACAGCUAAGAAAAACUACGUAAUAUCCUACCUUGAAGUCUCCGCCACAGUGGACGCACUAGGUGAAGUGGAUUUCUGCGUCACAGCGGGUUCUACGGGUUCCCGAAGCAUGGUGUUCCGAGUGGCGUCGAACCAUUCGGAGUACCUGUCUUAUUCGUACCUAGCGUACGGGAUACGGGAGGACGAGUACAAAAAGGUGACGGCUGUGUCGUGUGGCGGGUGCUAGGUUAGUUAUAGUUAGUUU